GAUUCAUUCGUGCGGUUCGGAACGGCCAGCGCCAGCGAGCGAGCAGCGUCGGUACUUUGUGGCUUUUAAUGCUUUUUAUGUUCAAUCCGAGAGGAGAGCGACGCAUAUUCCCCCGCUCUGCGCGUGUGUGCGUGGCGUGUGUGUUACCGUGUUUGUGCUCGGGGAACGGAACAGUUAUUUAGUGGAGUCGCCGUGCGGCUGAAAAUGCCGUCGGCUUUGCAGUGCAACAGGAAUAAAGAUAAAGACAGAAACCGCCGAAUCGCCCCGAGAAACUGAUGUCCACUUUGGCAAGCAGUCGCCCUCUGCCUCCACUCAAAUUCAGCAUACUGAAUCGCAUCCAGCCAGAGGAGGAGGAGCAGGAGCAGGAGCAGGAGGAGGAGGACCACGACCACGAUCACGAUCAGGAUCAGGAGGAGCAGCCGGAGGAGGCAAUGCAUCCGGACUGCCUGCCCCUGCCGCUGUCGCAGCACAUCAGCAGUCCGCAGGUCGAAGAGGAGGUCGAGGACGAGACGGAAACGGAAACGGACCUGGGACGCACCUCCAUCUGCAACGAGCGGCACCUCAACAUCGAGGACGAGGAUGAGGAGGAAUCGGCCGAUGCGGAUGUGGACGAGGACCUCGAUCUGGAGGACGCCGCCAGCUGUUGCAGCGAGAACAGCGUGCUAAGCGUCGGCCAGGAGCAGCACUCCCAGGCAGCGGCCCAGGCCCAGGCGCAGGCCCACGUCCAUGUCCAGGCCCAGGCGCGACAACGGCUCCUCAUGAGCCAGCUCUACCGCCCGUCGGCCUUCAGCAGUGUACCCAGCGAUCCUCCCGCCGUCCCAGUCGAUGCCGCUACGGAUCCGGGCGGUGGUCUCCUGCCCCUGGGCGGGCCGCCCGCCGGCAGCUUCCAGGAGGAGUUCCUGCGCAAGUCGCAGCUCUACGCCGAGGAGCUGAUGAAGCAGCAGAUGCAUCUGAUGGCCGCUGCCCGCGUCAAUGCCCUGACGGCGGCGGCAGCUGGCAAACAGCUGCAGAUGGCCGCAGCAGCGGCGGCGGCAGCAGCAGCAGCGGCUGCUGUAUCGGCGCCCACGGGCCAGGAUGCACUGGCUCAGCUGACGGCGACGGCGCUGGGGAUUGCAGCGCCAGGAGCGGGGCACCAGCAGCAGCUGCUGAUGGCCCAGCGGGAGCGGGAGCAGGCGCACCACCAUCUGCAACACCUCAACCACCACCACCUGCAGCACCACCACCACCACCACAACAACAACAACAAUGAGAAUCUGCACGAGCGGGCGCUCAAGUUCAGCAUCGACAACAUCCUGAAGGCGGACUUUGGCUCCCGCCUGGUGGGUGGCAACGUGGGGAACCAUCACCCGAAGAUCGGAGCAGGCGGUGGCAGCAGCAACAGCAGCCAAAACAGCAACAGCCAUAGCCAUCCCCUCAAGGCGCCCAAGAAGUCGGGCAAGGCGCUCAACCUGGCCCAGAGCCAGGCGCAGGCGGUCAACUCCAGCCUGAGCUUCUCCAGCUCCCUGGCCAACAUCUGCAGCAACAGCAACGACUCGAACAGCACCGCCACCAGCAGCAGCACAACGGCCACCACUCUGGCAGUGGAUCUGGUCAAGUCCCCGCCACCGGCGGCGGGAGGAGCAGCAGCCAAGGAGACAGCCAAAAAAUCUGGAGAGGACUCGGGUACGCCCAUCGUGUGGCCGGCGUGGGUCUAUUGCACUCGCUACAGCGAUCGCCCCAGCUCAGGUCGAAGUCCGCGAGCCCGCAAACCCAAGAAGCCAACGACGACCAGUGCCGCGGGUGGCAGCGGGAGCAGCGACAAGGGCGAUACGGACGCUGGCAACGUGCCGGAGGACAAGCGUCCUCGGACGGCCUUCAGUGGACCGCAGUUAGCGAGACUGAAGCACGAGUUCAAUGAGAACCGCUACCUAACGGAAAAGCGUCGCCAACAGCUGAGCGGAGAGCUGGGCCUGAACGAGGCCCAGAUCAAGAUCUGGUUCCAGAACAAGCGGGCCAAGCUGAAAAAAUCGAGCGGCACCAAGAACCCCCUGGCCCUGCAGCUGAUGGCCCAGGGCCUGUACAACCACUCGACGGUGCCUCUGACCCGCGAGGAGGAGGAGCUGCAGGAACUGCAGGAGGCGGCAGCCGCCUCCGCCUGCAAGGAGCCCUCGUAAGGGGACCCUUCGGCGGCAAUAUCUACGAUUAGUAUUUAUAGAGUAGUCCGUAAGUCUAGUGCCCUAAGUUGUACAAUAUUCUAGUCCCGCAGUGCCGCGCAGAGCGGUGGGGUCGGAGUCGGGGACCCUCUGUUGCGUGCGUGUUUUGUAUAAUAUCAAAUAGAUUCAUAAAUUCACAACUAAAUAAUUUAAUAAACAUUUAAAUUAUACGGA